UCUCCCUCGAUUUGUGAUAAACUUUACCGUUAUUAUUAAGUAUAAUUAAUUAAGACGAAUUGUGAUACGGCGAUGUCUCCGCUCAACCCCAUCCAAACCGUCAGACUUUGCCUGCUGUUGAGCCUGUUGCCGCUGACGGCGAGCGACAAAAGGGCCAACAGUAUCCAGAAGAGGAAGUUUCACGAUGACUCGGAGGACUACCCUUCGGUGCCGGCCUCGCCCUCAACAAGUGGCUGUAGCAGCUGCAAGAUGCGGGAGGAACUGAAGCUGAGGAACCUCGAGGUGAUCAAGGGGGAGAUACUGAAAAAAAUGGGCUUCAGCCAGCCACCGAAUAUCACGGGCAAGGUGCUGCCCCAGGUGCCCGCCUAUUACCUCGCCAAGGUGGAGGAGGAGUUGGGGAUGCAGGCGGACGAGCCUUACAAAACGGGUUUCACCGUCACCGAGGAAGACGACGAGUUUCACGUGAAAACUCAGCAGAUUCUGACCUUCGCCCAACCAUAUCCAAGACUAAGGCACACCAAAGCCCACAUCCUCUACUUUACGUUCAGCGACAGCAUAACCAAGUUCCAUGUCGCCAACGCGACCCUCCACGUGUUCAUCAGGGGCGUAGAGCGGCGACCGCAGCCAUACGUCAACCUCGAGGUGUUCAAGGUCAGGAAAUCCAAUGACCACUCCGAGCCGAGCUUGUCGAAGGUGUUCGGCCGAAAAGUGAUGCAGCCUCUGGGAAGGGGCGACUGGGUAAAGGUGGAAUUCACCGAGACUGUCGGAGAGUGGUUCAAAAAUCCGAGGGAAAAUUUUGGGUUCGUGAUCAACGCGACCGCGAACGGAAGAAAAGUGGCUGCCACGGAUGUCAACACGGAAAAGGGCAAGGCUCCUUUCCUGGAAAUCUCCACCAUGGAGCCCAAACGCCGGGUGCGGCGUAAUAUAGGCCUCGAUUGCGACGAGAAAAUGAACGAGCCCCUGUGCUGUCGCUACAGCUUCGUCGUAGACUUUGUGGAAAUCGGACUCGACUUCAUUAUAGCCCCGAAGCGAUACGACGCGCACCUGUGCUCCGGAGAGUGCCCGUUCGUCACCCUGCAGGAAUACCCUCACACGCACCUGAUCAAGAUAGCGUCGCCGAAUAGCGCGGCACCAUGCUGCGCGCCGAGGAAGAUGUCCGCCAUUUCGAUGCUCUACUUCGACGAGAAGUUGAACGUCGUGUUCGGCAGUCUGCCGGGAAUGGUGGUGGACAGGUGCGGGUGCUCAUAAUAGACGAUCUAGUGCGCGUCGAUCGGGUGUUCUAGUUUCUAGUUACGGGCAUUUAUAGUUUGUUCCUUUGUUCCGUCAGACGUCGUUCCUAAACGCCUUGGAAUUUGUCAGUUGGAAAUCAUACUGUAUACGCUCACCAAUACCAUUUGUUGCCCUUAAUAUGACAGUUGACAUCGGCUUAAAAUUUAACGACAAAUGACAGUUGAUGGACUUGUCCAGAUUGCUUCCUAAUGUUGAACAUGUUGGACAUAGACUAUCUAAGUCCAUUAUGGACAACAAUAGGAAACAACGACAACUAACGAAGGCUUUUAGUUCCAAUCAGGGCGGCAGUGGCAUUCAUUUGUCGAUUGGCAGUCGUGAUUAGGUUAAGAUUUCCUGAUCGAAACAGACUAACCCUACAGAUAAAGUGUUCAAAUUUUCGAUUCAAUUAGUAGAUUCGAGUGUCGUAUUAACGGACAUUGGGAUUGGUGUAGUAUGUUCAGUCCAAUCUCUUUUCGUGUUACACUCUGUGUGGAAAUGGAGGAUUAAUUUUAAAUUAUUAAUUAAUCCUUCGUGUGUGGCGCCAUAGUCGCCCCAAACGCCGCAUCGACUUGGUUCCAUAUGCAAAAGUAAAGGUGCCUGUGAGAUAAUUUUUUCCUUCUAUUUUUAUGCUUGAAAUCGAACCAAAUAUUUAUAACAAUCAUUUUACAACCUAAAAUUUUCCGCCGACGCUAUUAAGGUAAGGGAAUAAUUUGGGAUUCACAAUUUAUUGUAUGUGAACCAUGUUCUUUCCUUCUGCUGCGACCUGACUGCUGCAUACUCCCAAGUAUUCGUUCCCCCAUCAUCAUCAUCAAGCACAACCGGCACUCGUCGUUAUUAACAUAUGGUGUUUGAAUGUCCGGUGAGCACUUUCAGAUUUGAUUUUUUCAUUCAUUUAUUUUAUUACCGGCUUUGAUUGGAUUCCGGCUUUGGGAGUAUUGAUGGUUCCUGAUAUCCAUGUCAAUGCUUCCUUAUUCCUUGUUUUUAACGAUUUUAGUGCCGCCUACCUCUUGCUUCCUUUCCAAAUGAUGUCCUGCCCCCACGAACUCUUAUACAGUCUUACACUGACCCCACUUUCGCCUGCUUGGCAUGUUCACUUCAUUAUAAGGCUUGGGAAUACAAACUUUAUUGUUGUUUGGCAUUUGGAGACAGUAGCUUCUUUUAAUUUAUCAUUUAUUCUUGAAAGGACUUGGACUUUACUUUUGCAUUUCGAGCGACGAAUGGUUUCAAACAAUUUUAACAUGGAUUCGGUCCAUAAUCGUGAACAAUUUUGUAUAACGCGUCAGACAAAAGGAGCAAACAAGUCAAAAUUUCGAAAAAGGUUGACCAGUAUUAGACAAUAUAUGUUUUCGUCUGAGCCAAUUUGUGUAUACGUAUUGAAAAUUCCUCCCGUUUUAGAUAAAGAGAGACGUUACCCUUGAAAAAUGUGCUAGGGAUACGUGCGUGUGAUUUGUGCGCGAAUCGAGAGGUGACCCGACGUUUCGAACGACUCGGGAACAUUCUUGAGAGUUUUAUUUAUUUCUUUUUUUUUUGUUUCGUUGUGUUUUAAACAGUUGUGUGCGAUUGUUGAUGUAGAUCUAGGGCGACGACGCGACGGUCGGAGUUUGUGGUUACAAAUAUACGCCGAAAUUUUGGUUUCAUUUUGCUACCGACAAAAAACUUUCAAACCAAGGACCAAAGUUCAGGCUCGCCAAUUUUCUUCUUCUUUUUUUAAACGUACGCUUUUAUUGACUGAGUAAAAAGUGGAGCAAAAAUAAUUUUACGAAAUCUUUGAAAUAGAAAAUAACGACAACAAAAUUUGCGGAUUAUUAAGAAAUUUUUGAAAAUAAAUCAAAUAGAUCGCCUAAAUCUAAGUACAGGGUUGAAAUAGCUGAUAGAACAAAUUUUCGCUUCUUUUUAGUUUUUAAUGGUUUAAAGGUUUUAAAGUUUGAAUGUGUCCUGUUAUUACAGACCCAAGAUCCAUAGAAACAGAAUUUUCACUAGUCUUUACUAGACGAUUAUUAUUAUUUUCACAAAAUAUGAAGCAGCUAUUACCGAAAACCUAAAACAUAACUACGUAAAAAAAUGAAAACGAUCUAAGGCCGCGACAAUUUUUGAUUAAACUUGGUUUUAGGUAACAAAAUUAAUUGUUGUUUGUUGUUUUUGGCCAUAUUUGGACUGUCAUCAUGACAAGCUAUAAUCACAUGUGAGCUAGAGGUUUCUUUUUCUGCUUCAUAGUUCAUGCAAAGAAGCACUUUGUAUCAAAAAAUUCAAUAAAAAACAUGAAUUUCAUCAUCCUUCUGAUUAUUUUUAUCGUUAUCUUUAUAUGUAAAUUGGGAAUGCUAUUUCGCUCGUUUUUAAACGCCAAUAUAAGGGACUUACAUCGAUCAUUCAACGCUUUACUAUAGGCAAAAUAAAAUUUGCAUGCUGAACUAUCAUCCUGAUUUUUGAUAUUGGCACUUUUUUUUUGUUUUUCCCGUGAAAAUUUGACCUAACCACAAAAAUGAACCCUUGAUAAAGCAUAGAACAGCCGACCUAACCAAAACUUUUUAAAAUAACUUAGCAUCAUAUACGGGAAAAAAUUUUGUUGAUGGAUUUUCGCAAAUCUUGGCCCUGGAGAUUAGUAAAUAAAUGAAAAGUUUUCACACUUUACCUCUCCAAACUAACAUUUUUUAUAAAAAGUGUUAGAAGCUUAGGUUAUUUUUGAAAAUAUUGGAAAAAAGUUGUUUCCUUUCUAGUUUUCCACAAACGUACCGCUUUUGAAAAAAGUCGGAAGGACUAGAGUGAAGACUUUAAUAAAGUGUUGAGCGUUGAAAGUUUAUGCAAAGUAGAUAUAGUUUUGAUACCAAAUAAAGUUCAGUUGAUGUUAAUACAAUUCAUAGAGGUGACUAACUUAAAAAAAAAAAUAAAAAAAUAUAUUGAUAAAAAAUGUUGACUGUUCCCAUUUUUAUUUUCAAAUAAAUUGAUACUAUUAAUUUUAUUUUUAAAGUUGGGAAUAUUCUACAGUAAUC